AUGAAGGAAAGGUUGCAGACAACAGAUCAUCUGGCUAGAAUUGGUGUUUGUGAGUCAUCUCUAUGUCUGAUUUGUGGGUUGGAGCUAGAGGACCACAACCAUCUGUUUUUUGACUGUCAGUAUAGCAGGAAUGUUUUGGAGAGGCUCAAGAGUUGGGUUGGAAUUGGUGGAAGGACAACUAAUGUGCAGGGGAUCACUAAAUGGAUUAUGAGAUGUGGCGCUUCAAAAUUUCAGAAGCAGGUGAUGCUUACUGUUAUUAGUGCUGCAGUUUACAAAAUCUGGUGGACUAGAAACAUGGUAAUAUGGCAACAACAUGUCUUAUGUGCAGAGAAUUCAACUAAUUUUGUUCAACGAAAUGUAGUGGAAAGAGUGUAUAGCAUUUUGCCUAAUAAAGUGUCGAAAGCAUGCAGAUAG